GGGAGGGCGUGGAGGGGGGGAAGCGGAAACUUUCCUAUAAAACUCAGCAAAAGUCCCUCCUCUCCACGUCAGGCCAAUGACACUGCUGCCCCCAAACUUUCCGCCAGCAGGAGCUAUAAGAACCUCCAAGUCUUCAACUUUCUCCCAAUCCCAGACACCUCGAAGGGGCUCCAAGGAGGGAUCGGGAGGGAUUUUUUUUUUUGGUUGGCCUUUUUAUUUUUUUCCUCUUGGAUCCUGAUGCCAUCCCCCCUCCCCCCAAAGUGAGGUCCUCCCUCCUUCCUUCCCUCCUCCUUCUCCUCGCAGGCCAGCGAAGCAGCCGAUCAAGGGGGAGCUGGCGGGUUAGGUGCCCCCCUCUUCUCCCUGCCCUCCCCCCCCUCCCGGCCCGCUUCUCGCGUCUCCCCCCAGAGAUGAUGCAGCAGGACGAGUCAAACUCGCCAGUCUCCCCCGCCGACGACAGCUUGAGCAACAGCGAAGAGGAGCCGGACCGGCAGCAGCUGCCCAACAACAAGAGAGGGGGGCGCAAGCGCCGCUCCAGCCGCCGCAGCGCCGGCGGAGCCGUCGGGGCCGCGGACGAGCCCUGCAGCCCGGCCCAAGGCAAGCGGGGCAAGAAGUGCGGGGCGGGCGGGGGCGGCGGGGGCGGCGGAAGCAGCAGCGGCGGCGGCAGCCCCCAGUCCUACGAGGAGCUGCAGACCCAGCGGGUCAUGGCCAACGUGCGGGAGCGGCAGCGCACGCAGUCGCUGAACGAAGCCUUCGCCGCCCUGCGGAAGAUCAUCCCCACGCUGCCCUCGGACAAGCUGAGCAAGAUCCAGACCCUCAAGCUGGCGGCCAGGUACAUCGACUUCCUCUACCAGGUCUUACAGAGCGACGAGCUGGACUCCAAGAUGGCAAGCUGCAGCUAUGUGGCCCACGAGCGGCUCAGCUACGCCUUCUCGGUGUGGAGAAUGGAGGGCGCCUGGUCCAUGUCCGCAUCCCACUAGCAGGCGGCGUCUCCCACCCGCAUCCCCCCGGCAGGAGCCCUAGAUGACAUUGUUCCCACAGAAGGAGAAAAUGGACAAUCUAGAGACUCUGAAGUUGGAUACGAUUUUUUUUGAUCUUGUCUAACAAAAAACGUACCAAGGAUUUCUUGGAAACUAGAAGAGUAAUAUCCAAAUUCAAAGCAGGGCGUGGGGAGCACUUAAGGAAAGUGAAAGAGAGAAGGGCUUUGGACAGUGACUACCCUUUGGGCGUCGGUACAAUCCACACAUCUCUGCAUUCUGAUAGAAGUCUGAAUCGUUCAAUUUUUUUUUUUUUUUUAAUUUUGACGAAGAAUGUUGGAAUUGAACUUUUUUUUUAAUUUGCCCUUUUUUUUUUUUUUGCAUGCAUGCAUUCCCAAGAGGUCGUGCCUAUGAGCCACUGAUGAAAGGAAAUACAUUAUUGUGGACUUUCUUCAUUCUUGAAUGAAACCAAGCAGCCAACCAAAAAUAUCCCUGUAGAGAUGAAAACCUUUUUUUUUUUUAGGGGGGAAUAAGCUGGGCUCAAGCUGUUAUAUACCCGGUUCCUAACUUUUUUAUUAUUAUUAUUUUUCCUCUGAGAAAAAAAAAAAUAAACAUUUUAUUUAUUUAUUGAUGACCCAUGUUAAAAUGCAAAUAGAUCCGGUGUCUAAAUGCAUUCCUAUUUUUAUGAUUGUUUUGUAAAUAUCAUUGUAUAUUAUUUUUCUGCAAUAAAUAAAUAUGAUUGAAAUUUUAA